AUGAGCACUCGAUUGAAAGCAGAUCAAAAGAGCAAGCACUUAUCUUGCGCAAGCUCAAGUUCUCAGGGAUUAGCUCAAAGCACAAAUCUUUCUAAGAUGUCCCCUAAGAACUACGAGACGAUACUCCGCCAGUUCGUGCAGUGGACACAAGCUGCAGAGCCAGUGGCCGUGAACUUUCUGGCAAAAGCUAACUGGAACAUCGAGUAUGCGAUGACCCUGUAUUUUGACAACCCAAAUUUAUUCUCGGGCUCGGCUGCACAACCAAGUGUUGAUAACGAGAGGUUCUUCAAUCAGUACAUUCACAAAGAGGACGGGUUAGGAGACAAACGAAUUGGUCCAAAUGGAGUGCAAAAACUUCUCGGGGAACUUGGAUAUUCGCCGACGGAUAGGCGCGUUCUCAUUCUCGCCUGGAAGUGUAAUGCUCAAACUCAAUGCGAGUUCUCACUCAAGGAAUGGCUCGAUGGAAUGACAACUUUACAUGCUGACUCUGUACAAACUUUGAGACAGAGAAUCGACAGUUUAGACGCGGAACUGCAUUCAGAUAAAUCAAAGUUUCGUGAACUGUACUUGUUCUCCUUCAGUUAUGGAAAAGCCGCUGCUAGUCGUAGCUUGGAUCUUGAAACAUCUAUUCUUUAUUGGGAUGUGCUUUUCGGCAACAAUCGUUCCACCCUCAUGUCGCAAUGGAUCGAUUUUUUGAGAGAACAAGAAAGACAGGCCGUCGCAAGAUUGGCGCUUGAUGUUGGGCAAGCUAACGCGGCGAAGAUUAAGCACGUCUGGAUCACCCGGGACACUUGGAAUCUUUUCUGGGAUUUCAUCGUUCUCAGCAGGGCAGACUUAUCCGAUUAUGAUGAUGAAGGAGCAUGGCCAGUGCUCAUCGAUCAGUUUGUAGAUCACUGUCGUUCUUCAUUGAAUUAUCCAACUCCACAGCCAGCUGGACAACCUAUGGAACAACGAAGCUACUAUUAA